CUCGUUCGCCACGCUGCCGCGCAGACCCUCCAUCUUCCUGCCCAGCCUCCUGGCCCUGCUCUGCCCUGUCUUGGGGGUCGGCUUCUCUCUAGGGCUCCUGCUCUUCCCCACCAUCCCCCCUGGGCCUCCGCGGCUCCCCAGCCCGGUCCCCCUCCCCCGCCACACACGCUGACACGCGCGCGCGAACACACACACACUGACACGCCAGCGAGCUGCUGGCCGCUCAAUGGACCGAUUUCCCUGCUUCCCCUGAUCCCAGCCCAGCCCGGGAUGAGAAAUUGCAAAAUGGCCCGGGUCGCCAGUGUGCUGGGACUGGUCAUGCUCAGCGUCGCCCUGCUGAUUUUAUCGCUCAUCAGCUACGUGUCCCUGAAAAAGGAGAACAUCUUCACCACUCCCAAGUACGCCAACCCAGGGGCGCCCCGAAUGUACAUGUUCCACGCGGGAUUCCGGUCACAAUUUGCGCUGAAGUUUCUAGAUCCGUCAUUUGUGCCCAUUACGAAUUCUCUGACCCACGAACUCCAAGAGAAACCUUCUAAGUGGACAUUUAAUCGGACAGCGUUUUUACAUCAAAGGCAAGAAAUUCUUCAGCAUGUCGAUGUAAUAAAAAAUUUUUCUUUGACCAAGAAUAGUGUUCGGAUUGGACAACUGAUGCACUAUGAUUAUUCCAGCCAUAAAUACGUUUUCUCUAUUAGCAAUAACUUCCGAUCACUGCUUCCAGACGUGUCACCCAUUGUGAAUAAGCAUUUUAAUAUUUGUGCUGUGGUUGGAAAUAGUGGGAUCCUGACAGGGAGCCGGUGUGGACAAGAAAUAGAUAAGUCAGAUUUUGUUUUCCGUUGCAAUUUCGCCCCUACGGAGGCUUUCCAAAGAGAUGUUGGAAGGAAAACCAACCUUACAACCUUCAACCCCAGCAUUCUGGAAAAAUAUUACAACAAUCUUUUGACCAUUCAGGACCGUAACAACUUUUUCCUCAGUUUAAAAAAGCUCGAUGGGGCCAUUCUUUGGAUCCCUGCGUUUUUCUUCCAUACUUCAGCAACUGUUACCAGGACAUUAGUUGACUUUUUUGUUGAACACAGAGGUCAGUUAAAGGUCCAAUUGGCUUGGCCUGGAAAUAUAAUGCAACAUGUCAACAGGUACUGGAAAAACAAACAUUUGUCACCCAAACGGCUGAGCACAGGCAUUCUUAUGUAUACCCUGGCAUCAGCAAUAUGUGAAGAGAUCCACUUGUAUGGAUUUUGGCCUUUUGGAUUUGACCCCAACACAAGGGAAGAUCUUCCAUACCAUUACUAUGACAAAAAAGGAACCAAAUUUACCACCAAGUGGCAGGAGUCCCACCAGCUGCCUGCCGAGUUCCAGCUGCUGUACCGAAUGCAUGGGGAGGGGCUCACCAAGCUGACUCUGUCACACUGUGCCUAAGACUCGGAACAGCAAGUGCCAAACGGCCAUUUAAAAAGUGCCCCAAAUCAAACGGAAUAGUCUUCAGAAUAGAACCCUAGAGAUUUCCUUAUAAAGAUUGUCUGCCAUUGAAAAGCAAAGAUUGUCUCCCUCCUUUUGCACUGCUCUUUUAAGGGUCUUGGCAAGACAAAUGAGUUGAAGCCACAUGAUUUAAACUUGAUUGAUAAAGGGAAUGUUGCAUCUGGAACUAUGCUGCUAACGAAACGGUGUGAAGUAUUUUCGUGUUUGUAUUUUGAUAAUAAAUGGCCUCCCGUUUUUUAUGAGGAUGAGAGCUGUAGUUCCCGCAGCUUUGAGAUACGGUCCUCAUAGUUUGGGCAGGAUUUCAGUUUUGCCUGGGUGGGAUCGGACUCUUCAAAAUGGAAACAGACAAAAGAAUCGUUUGCAUCGCUCAUCUCUCACUCUCUCUCUUUCUCACUCUUGUUCUCCAUCUCUUUCCCUACAACCCUCCACCUGCCCCACCACUGUGGAGUUUAAUAAUUUGCUAGGAAUCCUAUUAAAUUAGCUUUGCCUGUAUGUGUUGCAUCUGUACUUGUUUGAUGUGUUCAAAGCUCUGGGUAACUUUGAUGUUUCAUGACCGACUGACGAAAUCAUGCUGGAUCCCCUUAGGAUGACUUUGAUAAGAUAUGCCUCUUAUGAAGUUCUCAGUGACCUGCGCAGUCAUUCCACUGCAGAGCGGUCCCUCCGUGGUGAGUGGCAUAGAAAUCAGUGCCUCCUUCCCUAUCAUAAAGAAAAUUCAUGUCGUGGGUGGCAUUGCCUCUCUUGACGUUAGUGUUGUUACGGCAAAUCAUUCUAUCGCCAUCUGCAAGCACAUUCCAGCCUGAGUCUGGGGCCUCCCACAGUCUCAGCCCAAGCGCUGGGCCAGGAAUUCUCUCUGAGCAUAGAGGCAAUGAGUCAGCUUAAGAGUCUGGAACACAUAGAGGAAAAGGAAGAACGCUGAGAAGUUGUUAUGGAAUCCCGUGUACCUGAAAGCCUUGUAAGCCUGGUGUCCUUUCAGAGUCUUUGAAAUGCAGAUGGGUUAGAACAGAAGAGAAGAUUCAAAGUUGACCAGGACAGGCCCCAUGUGAACAGGCUGAGGUGAGGUCACACUCCGCAUCCUUGUGUCCACCAGCACCUCUCAGAACUAGUUGUGCCCUGCAAGACACUUGUAGACGGUGGCUACUCCCUCUUCCCACUGGAAUCUGCAUGUCUAAAUCUAUAUAUCUAAAAAUUAAGCAUUUCAUAAGGAAAGACCAUUGGGUAAUAGGAGGAUUUGAUACAAAAUAACCCUUGGAAUUUGAGCUGUCUAGCCCUGGUGUGAAGGAAUUAGUUGGCCAUUUUCUUCUUUUAUUAUAACCGCCUCAGAAGUAGAAAUCACAUCACUCCCAUCCCUGGCUUUUCACUGAGCAGCACUUUGUUGUUUCAGUUCAGCCCAAAGUCUGGCCAAGUUGAUGUUAAAUUUUAAUAAGAGUUUCUUUCUUCUUUCCAAAUGCCAGUCAAGCACAUUUGUAAUACAUCUGGGUGGGGUAGCUUGUUCUUUUCCAGAAAUCUCAUUCUAGAUUGCUUGUAAUGUUACAGACCUGUUUGAAGUAAUUGCUUUAGUUCUGUCAUCAGCUCACUGUCCCUCUUUGGGAAGGUAUCACCAUCCCCAAAGUUAAACCGCACACAGUAAGAAAAGACAUCAUUCUUAGGCUCAUCUGCCUUCUGGUCCGAAAGGGCAGCUGUCUUGUUCUCAUGUUUUUCAGAAAGCUCAUCAGAGCAGCUUCCAUUGGUCCAGAUGGUAACUAGUGAAAGAAAAACUGUACAGGUUCGAAUGUGUUACCAGUCGGGACACACCUUAAAAGGUUGUAUGAAUGGCAAUCCAAAUAGACAGGAAAACGAGGAACGGAUGUUUUAAAAUGGGAAACAUUAACACAGCUCAAUACCUGAAAAAAUUGGAAGAGGAGACAGUAAAAAACAUUUUUAAAUUCACUGGUAUCAUUGGAUGGGCAUCAAAACGCCCCCAUGCUUGUUCUCGGUCACUGUGAAGAGGACAGUACUCCAGAGCCCGUGCUGGGCUCUGUUAGGAUCACAGCAAGAUUGAUAACCGACAGAAGUGUUUAGUUGGCUCUUCUAAGCACUUAGUUCAUUUGGUUACAGCUAAGUGAUAUAAAUGCCAGUGUUACACGGGCCAGAUCCUGACUCGAGAGUUUUAAUCCCAAUGUGCCCAUUAGAUUUCCCUAAAUAUAAAUAUAUAGACACGUUGAACCAAGCAGAUUGAAGGAGCAAAAAGACCAGAAUCCCUAAAAACAGCUUAUUGUACUUUUAAAGUAGACCUCAUCAUAAUGCCAUUUUUGGCUUGCAGUUUUUUGGGGUUUUGUUUUUUUUGUUUUGGUUUGGUUUUUUGUUUGGUUUGGGGGGUUUUUGUUUUUUUUGUUUUUGGGUGGUUUUUUUGGUUUGGGGCUUUGUCUUUUCAAGUUCAGGAAGAUGUUUAACAUCUCACGCUGCUCUUGGCUCCGUCUUAACAUCAGAGUGAGAGGACUUUUCCAUCUUCCAACAUCAUUUCAUCUGUCGUUUUCACAAAAACUCAGACAGAAUACUGAGGAAACAGGCUGGUUUCCCAGAACCAGAGGGCUUAGAGAUCAGGCUUAUCCUGUUUCCAGGCAUAACUUUCUGGAACUGAUCCAAAAGACCACCCUUCCCUUUUCUUCAGAGAUCUCUGAAGAAAGCCUCGGGCCAUGCCAUAGUGGUUAACCACAAUCUCAUACCUUAUAAAUUCUUUCUGCACAGCCUAUAUCCCUCCUGUUGCAAAAAUUAGACCCCAAGUGUUGGUAAAGCAUCUAUCCCAGUUUUCAGCAUGUAGGAAGCACUCAAUAUAUGGCAGCUUUUACUGUUGUUUCUUUUGUUCAUUGUACCCUUGACCUAGAAUUCCAGCACAGAGAAACUCAACCUCUAGCUGAUCAUACGCCCUCUCUUCUUGUUUUUAAAAACUGUUUCAAAGAUCAAACCUAUAUAACCACUGUCGCCACCAAAAGAGUUGGUAGGUCCCAUGAGUCCUGAUUCAAAAGGCGGUGGUAUAAGUAACCAGAACUCCGGGGCUGUGUGGUUAAGAGCAGUGAAAUGGGCAGACAGGACUAUUAAGUCCCCCAACCAAUUCAACCCAGAUACAGACCCCUGGCUUGUGUAUUGCCCUUGCUUUAUUUGUUCUAGGCUAAGUGCAUCCUUUUGCCUGGGAUCCUCACAGCAGAAUUCACCCUCAGCUGUUGCGAUAAAUUUCACCACAGAACCCUCAAGACCAUGUAUGUAUGAUAACAACACAAAUGACCACGUCAGUUGUGGAGAGAAAAAAGCCCACAUUUCAUGACCAGCUUAAUGCCAGUCCCUGAACCAUAUUUCAUUGGUUGUUCUGAGAGUCAUGUGCAGACAUUUAAACCAGGGGAUAGAGAGCUAAAAUGAGAUACCAAGACUUCCUCCCACACCCAGAUAUCUUCCCCAUAUUCGUUGAUUAAAAGUUACAGUUCCUCUGCCUUUGCUUCCACGUCUCAAGUGUCCUUGACCAUUGAAAAGUGCUGUGUGUUUAGUAGUAUUGUGUGCCUAGCAGGGCUGACUGUGACUGCUGUACCAUUUGCCUGUGACCUUGAUGUCAGGCGUGUGACCAUGGGGCUGCCAGCCAGGACGUGCAAGGGGAGAGCUUCCUCGGCCUCCUUGUGCCCAGGCCUCUAGUUAUCCAUGAAUGUGAGUGCCAUGACUAACCUAAUUUGGUGGGGAAGUUAGAGAAGGGAAGACCUUUUUUUUCUGACUUUGGGCUAAGCAGUAGUUAUUAGGAACUCUCAGACGCAAAGAAAGCUUAACCUGGGGCUGGAGGAAGCAGAGAUGGAAUUGUAGAACCAUAGGAUACGGGAAGUCAAGGAGCCUUUCAGCUUCUCUAGUCCUAAUCUUUGAUGCUACAAAUGAGAUAUGGAGAAAUAGGGAGGCUAAGUGAUUUUCCCAAGAUUGCACCAACUAUCAGUAGAACAAGUAUGACUCCUCAUCUGCUCCAUAUUAGUAUUAAAUGAAGGUGGGCCUGAAAAGAAUGUAUUAUAGUCUGGGGUCCUCAUGGUACAGAAAAUAAGUCAGACUGUAAAGAAGGAAAAUGUAUUCUCUUCUUCCCACCCUAGAAAAAAAGUAUUUUUUUGUCAAUGUAAAGCAGUAUUUAUUUGUUGCCUAGGCAUACAACAGCCCACUGGUAAUCACCUACGUUCUCGCCUGAAAUGAGAGAAAACCCCCUUGGUCGAUCAUGAUUCUGGUAAAUCACAAUUUAGUUAUUAACAGUUCAUAUUUGACGGCUGGAAUGUCAUCCAGUAAUACAGUGUUCACCGUAUCAAACCUUGUCUUAGCAAUAUGGAUGUAUAAUUUGAAGCUGAAUACUAAGAAUAGUCAUGUACUUCUUUUUAAAAUUUUUAUUCAGCUUAUUUAAGCUGGCAAACACCCCCAAACAGUUCACUUGUUGCAUCGUUCCAUGUGUAUUAUUUUCAGCGGGGGUCUGUUAAGAUCAGGAAUACAUUCUGUCAAUGCUUUCCACAUUGUAAUUUCAACAGCAGAUUUUGCAUUAUUGCGUUAGUUCAAUAUACGAAGAAGAUGUGCAAAUAAUAGUGAAUGACAUUAAGCUGAGUCUUCAUGUGCAAAAUAACAGACCAAGCAAUUUUCUGUAUAAACCUGGACCCUUAAGUCCUUUUCCUCUGAUUGUUUAAAUGGGCCAGGCAAAAGUAUCUGUUCAGCCUCUACUUCUUCCUGAAUAUGCAGAACUGUCCUUUUGCUUACGAAGAUUGUUGGGACUGUGUGUAUGUGGCUGAAAACCCAGAUGGAGCAUCACAGGUGCCAGAGACUUAAAGCCCCUGGGCCACCUGCCUGACCUAUCUGGGCUCUGUGGCCCAAUUAAUCAAGGCCACGGGUGAAUUGACACCAAGGACCAAAAUGACUAAAUACACCUCUCUCGCUCUGAUUGCUUUGUCACAUAGACAUAACAUUGGAAAUGGGAAACAUUUUAGAAUGUCAUUAUUGUAUUACACAGUAUUUCCUAAAAUUUGUUUUUAUUGUGUUGACUUAUUAUUGAAGAUAUGUAUUUUAAUAGAUGUUUUUAUCCUCAAUGCAGCCCAUUCUCAUGUUGUUAAUUACAGUGGAAUCACAGUGAAGAGCCUGUCGCAGAAAAGCUGACUCCAAUCUGAGAUUACAAUGGGUUUAUGGGGUUAGGACCUGGAUUAUGCGGCUGAUCCACCAGCAAACAAAGCUGUAGGACAUGAGGAGCUCUUUAAGACACAACUCUGGCACCCCACCCCAGACCUUUGACUCAGAAUGUCCUGGGAUAAGCUAAGCUUACAAAGAUUCCCAGGUGAUUCUGAUGCCGCCAGCAUUUGGAAACAAAUAAUAUAUAGCGAAAUCAUAUAGACCGUUUUGACCAGAGUAGCUGAAUGCUUAUCACUCCUCAGGCAAUUAAGUAUCACAUCUGUUCCUUGAAGUUAUCAUAAUGCACAGCGAUACAGACACAGUCUUAGUGACUCAACGAUUCAACUGUUUUGGCUGAAUUGACCUGUCACUAAUUUGUAAGCAAACAGUAACUGGUUAAUUUAGUCAGAAUGGAUACACGCCUGAAGACAGCUGGAGUGAGGGACAUAGCUUUAAUAUACUUUACCCCAAGGCCAGCAGUUUACAGUUCACUUUUGAUAUUUCAGACGAAGAGGGAGAUCUCAGGUCAUUCCUCUCUACAAAUGGAUAGACUGAGAAACAGGGAAGUUAAAUGAUUCGUUCAGAUUCUACUUUGGAUGUCAUUCCCAGAGCCUAAACUCUUCCUGAAGGGGUCUGAUUUCUCAACCGACAGGUAAUGCCCCAAAUGCAAAGAUCCUCAGGUUACAACAAAACCAAUCAAAAAAAGGAAAUGCAAGAAAGUUAAAAUUCUAAGACCAACUGAGUAUAAAAUUCCAGGAGCAGCUGAGCUAGCGGUUUCUGGCUGCCCUGGGCCAGCCUCUGCUGGAUAAGGUGCCACCGUGCUAAUGAAGCUUUGGACAGGCUCCUUUUGCCAGCUGUGUACAUGCAAAGCCUUCAAAUUAUACAUCAUCAGAGACACUAAAGGGCUCCUUUGAUUUUCUUUCUGGGGAACUCAGACGAUUGUAGCUCUUUAGCGUGCUGCUAAACACGUAAAAGCUGGCUCUGGAGAAGGGGGAGCCCUGACCUACAGCACCUGCUGAUCCCCAUGGUAUCAAUACUCUCGGCAUUGACCGUUUCAAGCUACGAACUUACUGUUAACCAGGUGAAUAUGUAACAACACGUUUUCAGGAGCCACUAGGAGCUGGCGCAAGCCCGGGACUGCCUGAGCAUCUUCUGAGUCAGAAAGAACCAAACAGGACAGGCUAGCAGCGGCUUUGGAGAAACUCCCAAGUGCCCCCUCCCCACAAGGAGGCAUUUCUACUUCGGUUAAAUCUACUACUUUUUAGUAUACUAUUGGGUCCUUGAGGCUAAGGACUCUAAGAUGUGCAAAAUAUUUCCUAGCCGUGUGACUCUUAAGAACCUCUCAACAGACCACUCCGUCCUUUGGGUAAGCUUCCAGGUAAACGUUCUUUAAUUUAACUGCCAGUUCCAACCAUGUUUGGCUGAUCUUUCCUUAUAUCCUAUAGCCCAUUGCCUGUUUCCCCAAAUCUCUCAUGUUCCUGGUUCACUUGCUCCUCAUUCUCUGACACAGUACCCAGAAAUCAGUGCCUGCACGGGAACAGGGGAAGAACAGACAUCCAUCCAGUAGUUUCAGCUGGCCCCACCACACCUGUAGAGGCUCCAUGGUUCAAAGGUCUCCCACCAAGGGACAUCUGCUAAGCCUCAGGCCCAAUGCUUGAGUAUGCUCUCGGCUGGGGUUUUUUGCCCACAGAAAAUUUCUAAUGGACAAUAAAGACCACAAAUAAGAACACCAAUGGGUAAACUUUGUAGAGGGAGCCAUCAGGUGACCCUUGCCCUUAGCUAUGCUAGUGGAAGGCUGGACCCCGGGAAAAACUACCAACAAACGUUUGGCCACUGACGUUCCCUGGGCAUUGAGCAGUAGUAUGACAACUUUUCUUCUUCUUCCUGCUGGCUCUAAGUGAAUGCCCUACUUAACCGAGUGUUUUGAAAUCAGACACUCUGGUGAGCCACAGGACAAGCUUUGUUUGCAAAUUAAAGGUUUUUCUGAUGGAAAUCAUUCGUAGGUAGAUUUGAUUCAAUCCUUUGGAAGACAACACUGGAAAAAGAAUGGAUUUAAUUCCUUAAACAUCAUAAGUGGACAUGGGCUUUUAUUCUUUAGGUAGUAAAUCAAAAUUAGAUCGUAACAGAGAAAAUCUACUUUCCUUACUGUAGUAAAAUAUCCUUCAGGGUCUGUAAGGCAUUUCUAGACUACAGAUGUUUGAAACUCAACUUGAACACUGUCUAUCUUGUGUUUAAAAGGCCAGGGUAUCCCUCUGUUUUCUGCACUCUUUCUUAACAGUCUUGGAAAUGAGCUUGCUUCUUUGUACUGAAUAAGCUACCUUUUGUUUUAAAUAAAUCAGGUACCUGCUCAGAGGUUUUUCUGUAUUCAACAAAUUGCAUGUAGCCUUGGCACAAAAUAUACCUUCAUUCCCUGUUUUUUUUCUUUUCUUUUUUUUUUUUUUGGUGGACACCAGAGAGAUGAGUCCAUAGCUACCAGCAGAAAGGACUUGACAGGAGGCCCCAUUUUAUUAUGAACAAAUUCACAGCAAAACCAGCCUUGAGGAACCAGUCACUCCCACAGUAUUUUUAGCGAAGGAAGUAGGUUAGAAAAAUUGGUAGAUGAGAUGAGAUGAGAAGAGAGGUUAGAUCAACGUGCAGAUGUGGGAUAAAGUCACUGAAGUACUUACAAAAAGGAAAGGGGAGGUUUCCCUCUGAAAUCUGGAACCUAAAUUAUUUUGCAAGGCUUAGAAUAAUUGGUCUCCAUGUCAAAACACCCUUUAACCACAUUUCAAAAUCCAAAUCUAAGCCCUUAUUAUGCAAAAAACAGCCUUACAGCCAAGAGCCCUGGGAGGGGUUUAUUGAGGAUUUGAGAUCCAACCACCAAGCAUCAGCAAUUAGUGCUGAAAUCCUCCCAGGACACGGAACAAAAAUACUGAACCAUCACCAUGCAGCCCCGUAUGCUCACAGAGGAGAGUCAACCCCGCGCAGAGCAGAACGUCCCAGCUCUAGACAUUAUCUCAGGUCCAGAUUUCAGAUCGACAUCUUCAACAUGGUGAUGAGACGGCUGAGGUCGGGAAGGGAGGAAAUGAUUUACCGGCCCAGCUAGUUAACGGCAGUUAGAGUCCCGGGUCCCCCAACCGCUGACUCUACUUGAGCACACCUUGCUGCCUCCGUACUUUAGACGGGAAGCUAACAAUCCAUUGUAAAGCGUAAAUCAGAGAUCAAGACAAAAGAAUGUUUGUGAUACCUUCUCUCAAUUGACCUACUUGGUUUCACCACUUCAUUUCAGCAUCCUUUUAAAGAAUGUUAUACCAAGGUAGAAGGAGGAACAAAGCUCUUUUCAGAGUGAUGAUGAAACCAAAAGGUGGGAGAAGAGUGAAUGUAAGUUACUGAAGAAAUGAGCAAGAAGCAUGCGUCAGGGAAAAGAAAUGCUUCCUAUAUUGUCACAACCCUAACCCUCCCCUCACACACUUGAUGCAUUUAUUUUGGAAAAUGCCGUUUUACGCUAAGAGACUGGCAUUGAAGAGUUCGCUCCUUCUCAACUACAUCAGAAGCAUCCUUGCUCUUGGGGAGAAGCUGCGGCCCUUCGGAUCAGACCCCCUCCCCUGGGACGGGCAGCCUCAGCUGUCCUGAGAAACAAGAUGCCAGACGGAUGGGGCCACGGAGACCUGAAAGGAGCCAGCGCCGCUGGACUGAGGAACAUGUAAAUAGCUUCCGCCUUCUCGGUAAACAAGGAUAACCGUCUUUCUUUUGUAGAGGUGAUCGUGUGUACCUUGUGACUGUAGUGCGUGAAGAAAAACGCAGUGAUCUGCUUCGACGGCUCCCCAGAUGUACCUGUUCCGUGUGAAUAUGCCUGCCUCGUUGCCUCAUGUGCCAAACACAGUACUGAAUGCGUUGUUUUUGAAUAAACUCUUCUAGCGUGCAUUGGGAAA